GCCCCUGGCGCUGCCUCCCCGGGGAUCCCCCAAAACCCUUGGGCCCUCCUCUUCCGGGAAGUCCUCCGGGCCGACCCACACAGCUGGCGCUGCCCUGACUCCACUCCCUCUUCUCUGCUUGGUCCUUACCCGAGGGCGGGCCUGCCCAUGAGGCGGCUCUCAGGACGCCUGCCCACAGCAGCUCCUGACAUUGGGCCCUGUGCUCAGGGGUGGAGUCUGGGGCUGGGUGAGGGGAGGCACCGACGGGUGGAGGGGAAGCUUCCAGAAGUGAGGAGAGAGGCGGCCCCCACCUGUGCCCCCGCAGCUCUGAGGGUUGGGAAGGCAGCGCCUGCAGCCCUCACCUUCCUGCCCUCACCUUCCUGCCCUCAGGCUGCGAGUCUCGUUCCCAGGGGGCCCUUGGGUUCCCUGAUUGCCUGAGUGUCCACAAGUUGGAUCCCUGAGAAGCCCCAGCCGGGGGGUCCUCCUCCCUCUCCUGCCCUCAGGCUGGCCCUGGGGGUGCUUGCCCAGCAGGUUCCCGUAGUGGGGGCGCUAAGUGCUCAGAUGGGCCCCAGUGGGUGUGAGGACUCGUGGGGCCGGCUGAGCCCUCAGGAGGAGCCGGGGUGCUCUCGAGUGCCUGUGGGUGCCGGGUGUGGCUGCUUCCCGGCCUGUCACCAGGAAGUGGGAUGGCCCGCCUGCCACGCCCAGCCCUGGGUGCUCCAGCUGGGCCAUAGCCUGGUACUGCCGCUGCGCCCGCCAUGGUGUCCCGGGACCAGGCUCACCUGGGCCCCAAGUAUGUGGGCCUCUGGGACUUCAAGGCCCGGACGGACGAGGAGCUGAGCUUCCGAGCGGGGGAUGUCUUCCACGUGGCCAGGAAGGAGGAGCAGUGGUGGUGGGCCACACUGCUGGACGAGACGGGCGGGGCCGUGGCCCAGGGCUAUGUGCCCCACAACUACCUGGCUGAGAGGGAGACGGUGGAGUCGGAACCGUGGUUCUUUGGCUGCAUCUCCCGCUCAGAAGCUGUGCAUCGGCUGCAGGCCGAGGGCAACGCCGCGGGCGCCUUCCUGAUCAGGGUCAGCGAGAAGCCGAGCGCCAACUACGUCCUGUCAGUGCGGGACACGCAGGCUGUGCGGCACUACAAGAUCUGGCGGCGUGCCGGGGGCCGGCUGCACCUGAACGAGGCGGUGUCCUUCCUCAGCCUGCCCGAGCUUGUGAACUACCACAGGGUCCAGAGCCUGUCCCACGGCCUGCGGCUGGCCGCGCCCUGCCGGAAGCACGAGCCUGAGCCCCUGCCCCAUUGGGAUGACUGGGAGAGGCCAAGGGAGGAGUUCACGCUCUGCAGGAAGCUGGGGUCUGGCUACUUCGGGGAGGUCUUCGAAGGCCUCUGGAAAGACCGGGUCCAGGUGGCUAUUAAGGUGAUUUCUCGAGACAACCUCCUGCACCAGCAGACGCUGCAGUUGGAGAUCCAGGCCAUGAAGAAGCUGCGGCACAAACACAUCCUGGCGCUGUACGCCGUGGUGUCCGUGGGGGACCCCGUGUACAUCAUCACGGAGCUCAUGGCCAAGGGCAGCCUGCUGGAGCUGCUCCGCGACUCUGAUGAGAAAGUCCUGCCCGUUUCGGAGCUGCUGGACAUCGCCUGGCAGGUGGCUGAGGGCAUGUGUUACCUGGAGUCCCAGAAUUACAUCCACCGGGACCUGGCUGCCAGGAACAUCCUCGUCGGGGAAAACACCCUCUGCAAAGUUGGGGACUUCGGGUUGGCCAGGCUUAUCAAGGUGGGGCCCUCAGGGGGCGUGGCCGGGGGUGUGGCCGGAGGGCCGGGGGCUUCCUGUGUGUGGAGCUGGGGACUCGGCUGGGAGCAGGAUGCGGCCGCUGCCCUCGGGAGCCCAGGCCGAGCAGGGAGGUGGGAAGCCGCCGUGAGUCUGGUGGGGUCCCCAUUCCGAGUGGCACACACAGCAGGGCCCACCACGCAGCCGCUGCCUUGUUCACGUGCCUGGUUCACUGGUCCAGCCCUGGGCCCCUCUGAUGGCCUGGGAGCCUCCCAGUUCCCUGUCCCCCGGGCCCUCCCGUCCCCACACACCUGGAAUCCCAGGGGAAGUUGGGCUCCUGAAGGUGGUCAGGCCCCAGUGCGGCCUUAGCUGCAGCGGCCGUGUGUGGGUCAGACAGUGGGGUCAUCACCGUCCCACUGCUGGGGCAGUGUGGCCGCUGUGCCCGUCCAUGUUUUGGGGGCAGGGCAUGGGCAGCCCCCACGGCCCACUCACCACCAGCCUGACUGCAGGAGGAAGUCUACCUCUCCCAGGACCACAAUGUCCCCUACAAGUGGACGGCCCCCGAGGCGCUCUCCCGAGGCCAUUACUCCACCAAAUCCGACGUCUGGUCCUUUGGGAUUCUCCUGCAUGAGAUUUUCAGCAGGGGUCAGGUGCCCUACCCAGGUACUGCCCUCAGUGUCCCUGACUGGGCAUGGGAGGCAGAGUGGGGGAGGUCCUAGGUAGCCGGCAGGGAUGGUGGGGGGUGCUUCCCCCAUGGGCUUCAGGGCCCUCCGCCACCGGCCGUCACCUGACCUCCACACCUGCACCAUUCUCUGAGCACCCAGGCUGGUGCCUGGAGCUGCCCGUUGGAGCCCCGUCCAGAGGGAGGUGUUGGCAGUGGACAGUGUGCUGGGUGGCGCCAAGGCGUGGCAGCUGAGGCUGCCGGGAAGGCCCCAGGGAGGGGCAGUGGAUGGCUGGUGUGGCUUCUUGGGGGAGGGUAGGCAGGUGGGCCCCAGCUCCUCUCAUCCCUGUCGGCCGCAGGCAUGUCCAACCACGAGGCCUUCCUGAGGGUGGACGCCGGCUACCGCAUGCCCUGCCCUCUGGAGUGCCCGCCCAGCAUGCACAAGCUGAUGCUGACAUGCUGGUACAGGGACCCCGAGCAGAGACCCUGCUUCAAGGCCCUGCGGGAGAGGCUCUCCAGCUUCACCAGCUACGAGAACCCGAUCUGAGCUUCUGUGGAGCGGGCACGGCCGGCCCUGCUGAGGAGGGGCCUGGGCAGAGGGCCUGGACCUGGGAUCAAGGCCCACGCGCUGCCCUGGGGUUUACUGAGGUGAUGGGUGCAGGAAAGGUUCACAAACGUGGAGUGUCUGCGUCCAAUACACGCGUGUGCUCCUCUCGUUAGCCCGUCGUGUGAAACGUGGAGUGUCUGCGUCCAAUACACGCGUGUGCUCCUCUCGUUACCCUGUCGUGUGUGCCUUGGGUCUCCGCUGCUGACAGGCAGCCUGCUCCAGAGUCUGCAGAUGAGAUCUCGGGAGACUGACAUGAAGCCAGCAGAGCUUCUAGGUAACAGGAAACUCUUCUGGAAGCCCUGGGGGCGUCGGCUCCAUCAGCUCUGCCCACUCCCUGCUGGACCUUCCUGGCGUCCGUGGGAGCUUCCCAUGGCCUCUCCUCUGAGCCCUUCUCUCCAUCUGCUUCCGCUCCUCCUUCCUCCUUUUGCUAGCCUUGUUCUCCUCUCUGGCCCCCUCAAGUCCUCACGAUGUCCCCUUCCUGCAUGGUUCUGACACCCGUGUCCACCGCACCAGAACUCUCCCUUCCCACGUCGGCCCCGGCACGGGGACUUCAGGGCUUCCUGUUCCCAAGAAGCAACUGCCUGAGGCUGGGAAGGCUGAGCUAGAUUGUGGCUCCUGAAGCUCUCCCGGUCGCUCCCAGAAACGAGUCCACGGCCUCCUCAAGGUUGACCUCUGACCUUAAACAUGUCCCCAGACUCCUUCUGAGAACACAGUUUUUUCUCUGUGCCUUCGAGAUGUAAAUUUUCUACCUCAGGCCGGGCGCGGUGGCUCAAGCCUGUAAUCCCAGCACUUUGGGAGGCCGAGGUGGGCGGAUCACAAGGUCAGGAGAUCGAGACCAUCCUGGCUAACACGGUGAAACCCCAUCUCUACUAAAAAUACAAAAAAAAAAUUAGCCGGGCGUGUUGGCAGGCGCCUGUAGUCCCAGCUACUUGGGAGGCUGAGGCAGGAGAAUGGCGUGAACCCGGGAGGUGGAGCUUGCAGUGAGCCGAGAUCGCGCCACUGCACUCCAGCCAGGGGGACAGAGAAAGACUCCGUCUCAAAAAAAAAAAAAAAAAAAAAAAAAAAAAAUUUUCUACCUCGUCUCUUGUAAAACCUGAACCAUCUUUUUGAAAAUACAAACUUCAGGGAGAUGACUGUCCUCGGGGUGGUGGGGGGAGAUUAUUGAAAACUGGGCAAAUAAAAAAACGUAGAAGUCUUUUCCACAAAUAUUAGUAAAAAGCUUUAGCCAUCUGAGUGAGGAAUCUUAACUUGUCUCAUUUUGGCCAGAAACACACCUUGGAGAGAAAUAUGAGGAAAAACCAGCUUGGGCAACAGAGACAGACCCCAUCUCUACCAAAAAAAAAAAAAAAAAAAAUUAGCCAGGCGUGGCAGCGUUCACCUGUAGUCCCAGCUACUCAUGAAGCUGAGGCAGGAGGAUCCCUUGAACCCAGGAGGUUGAGGCUGCAGUGAGCUGUGACUGCACCACUGUACUCCAGCCUGGACAAGAGUGAGACCCUGUCUCAAAAAAUAAAAAUAA